AUGGCUAAAAGCUCAACGUCGGCAGCAGAGGAGCGCGUACCCGAGGAUUCCGAGAUCACCACGUCGAGAAGCAUCACGGUCACGGAGAGCACCGCGACGCUCAGUCUGGAGGUGACAGAUUACCCGAAACUCAAGGGCAUGGGCGUCGGGCAGUUCAUCAAAUCGCGCGUCUUCAAAGUCGGUGGGAACGAUUGGGAGAUGAGGUUCUACCCGGAUGGCUGCAACAACGAAUGUGAUGACAACGCCUCAGUGCUUGUGUACUAUCUCAACGCACGCAAGGAGGAGCUUGUGAGCACCAGGUGGGCACUUAGCAUGCCGGAGAAAAAGAGCCAGGUAGACGUGGUCAGCCCCCUUGUGGGGAAGUGCGUCUUCACUCGGAGGAAACUCUCCAACUGGGGCUAUCCCGAAUUCGUGAAGAAGGCCAAGCUAGACUCCCUGUCGGAACUCGGGGACGGCUGCUUCACGAUACUCUGUGUCUUCACCGUCAUCAUCGACGAGUCACCGGCGAUGGAACUGCCCCGCGACCUGGAGGGCAUGCGCAGGGACGGGAGAGAAACGGACGUCACGUUCCGUGUGGACGGCCAGGAGUUUCGCGCACACAGGCCCCUCUUGGCCGCGCGAUCGGCCGUCUUCGAGGCGCAGCUAUUUGGCCCCAUGGCGGACAAGGAUAUGCAGUGCGUCAAGGUCGUCGACAUGGAGCCUGCCAUCUUUGACAUGAUACUUCACUACAUCUACACGGAUUGGAGUCCUAUAUGUGAUGAUGAAGAAGGCUACAGUACGGCAGUGAUGCAACAUUUACUGGUUGCAUCGGAUAGGUACGGGUUGGACAGGCUGAAGUCGAUGUGCGAAGAAGAGUUGUGCAAAAGAAUCAACGCGGAGACCAUUGCAACCACAUCGGCGUUGGCGGAUCAGCACCACUGCAAGCUGCUCAAGGAUGCAUGCGAGAAGUUUGAAUCAUCCCAAUUUACAAAAGUUUUGUCGGUGACCACGGCGACCGACUGA